GGAAAACGGUAGACUUGGACCUGACAAGACUUAAUUUUGAAGCUAAAUCCGUUCUCUCAAGCAGGGAUACGGCAAAGUAAUGACUUAACAUUACCGGACAGUGGAAUAAACACAAGCAAAUCAAGUUUAAAAGAUAGUCUUAUAGAAGAUGAAAAGAUUUAUUCCUUCCAUUUGGAGCCUUUGUUGUAUUCUAUUUGCUUCGGGAAGUGUUAUGUUUCCCAAUAUAUCUCCUGCUGGCCCAAACUAUCCGAAGUAUGCUACGAAGGACUCAAAAGCCAUCACCCCGUAUCAACAUCUAUUGCAAAGAGUAAAGAGACAAGAAUUCGACGCUGAUGUGCCUGAGGAACCCCCUGCACCUUGUGACUUCGGAGUGGGAGCGCCAAAUUUGGACAUGUGCACGUGGUUAAUACCUGUCAAUGCAUCGGACCGCAGCAAAUGGAGACUCGGUAUGGGAGAACUGUCUGCGUGGAUUGGAGGACCCAGAGCUGAUCACACGAUAUCGGACAAACAAGGUGGUUAUGUAUUCUACGAGACAUCUUAUCAAGAGGACCUUCAUCAACCCGUGGUGCCUACUAUACCGAAAGCUGAUCGGCAGGUAGUCGGAGGAGCUCGACCAUUACCCCAAGGUGCAGGAGGAUCUGCAACCGAUCCUAGUGAGCAACCGGGAGUAAUUGACAGUGCGUGGUUCAUCAGCCGAAACCUCAGCCGAACUGGACCCAUGGGUUAUUGCCUUAGUUUCUAUUACAUGAUGGAAGGACUCAGUGCUGACCGGUUAAUCAUCCAUCUGAGGGACAUGGAAAGAGCUGAGAACGCCUCUUUGUGGGAAAUAAGGGAAGGCGUGGAAGGAAGCUGGACAAAAGGGGAACUUGCAUAUACCUACGAUGGAUUUCAUUUGAUCAUAUUUGAGGCUGUUACCAAACCAUCUAAUGAUCCGGCGAGACCGUUCAGAGGGCAUUUUGCUUUGGAUGAUAUGGUUUUUCAAAAAAUGGGAAGCCCAGAUCUGGAUAACUGUUUCGGUCACUGUACCUUCGAAGGUGGAUUUUGCGGUUGGACGAAUGACGUAGAGGAUGAUUUUGAUUGGGAGUUAGGUAGAUCUAGUAAAAGUUUUCUGACGGGACCUUCGCGAGAUUUCAGUAGUUACAAUAGAGACGAACAGACAG